UUCCGCUAAGCAAGCACAUAAGUUACGAUUCAUUAUGUGCUAUACCGUCGGUUCAAGAGAUCGGUACCGUUAUUGAAGUUUGAAAAAUAGUGCCACCAUGAAAUCAAGUGUGUACCAUACAAAGACGAUGAUUAUUCUUGCAUCUGUUGUCACCCUAGUAUGUUCGCUUUCUGUACCCGAACCACGAAAAGCACCGCCAGAGGUAGUAGCGAAAUGGAACGAAAUGGUAAUGCCCUAUCACGAACUUUGCCUAAACGAAACUCACAUUGAUCCCGAACCUAUCAUUCACAUGCUGUCAUAUUACGCUACUAUUCCAGAGGAAAGAGAAAUUCAUUGCUAUUGGAAAUGCUUCCAAGAACAUGCAAAAUUUAUAUCUAAUGGAAAAGUUGAUCUCGAUUUUAUGGUAAAGACCGCAUACAAUUUAUCACGGGAGUUAGCAGAAAAAUGCGUUGUACUAGGGGACGGUGAAACUGAUCUUUGUCAAAAAUCGUACAUAAUUGUUAAGUGCAUAGUAAUGGAUGGGGUGGUAUAAGUGUGUUGGUACUAGUGGCGUAGUGGGGUUUUAUACUAUUUUAGUAAUUUAGUUACAUUUAUGGUGGGUUUCUACAAUCAUUAUCAUUAGUUUACUAUCAAAAAUCAUUAAAAAAUAGCCAAUAGAAAUAAAAAUUUAUUGCACGUUGCUAACCAACGAAACGUCUUGAGCUUAGUGAACUAAUGAUAAUGAUUGUACCUAUAAACCCACCAUUAGAUUGCAAUUCUAGGUAAAAUAUUUAGGGUCAACUCAAAAGCAUUGUGUGGUACACGUAUCUUUCCUAAAUAAACGGAGAGUUGAAAAUGU